AUGCUUCGGUUGGAUAGCUCUACAAUAUCAUCAUCUUCUACAUCUUCUCAGACAAAAAGUACGGCAUUUACUUCGUCUGGUGAAAUUAACAGCCUACAGUCUACAAACAAUAAUUCUAAUUUAUCUUUAUCUGGCUCAACUGCUGGAGUUUGGAGUGUUUUAGAUUCAGCUGCUUUUACUUCUAAUAUUUCAUCUAAUAAUUUAUCAUCUAUGACAAAAAUUGAAAUUAAUAAUACAAAUAUGCCAGUUAUUUCGGCAUCACAAACAUCUAAUCCACUUAGUGUAAUGCAAGAUGCUGCAGUUACUGCUGGAUAUGAUCCAAGAAUGUUAAAUGCUUCAUCAUAUUAUAAUAAUGGUUAUAAUUCAUCAACCUAUAAUUCAUAUAAUUCUGCUUUUACUGCUUCAAAUUAUAAUACUUCAUCAAAUAAUAAUUUAAGAAAUAAUGUUGUUGCUACAGCAACACCAUUUGCUAAUUAUUUUUCUGCAAGUGGUCAAAGUUAUUAUCCAGGAUCAGGAUCAUAUCCAACUGGUUUUGAUUAUUCAUAUGCUACAGCAGCUGCUGCCGGUGUUUCUGCUCAAUAUUAUAAUUCAAGAAAUAGUUAUUAUGGGGCAGGAUUAACUUCAGUAUCACCAAAUUCAUUAACUAAUUAUACUGGAUUAACAGCAGCUAUGAUGGAUGGUGUGGCAGCUGUAGCCGUUAAUGGAUCUGUUACACCUUCAUCAACAGGACAAUUAAGUCCCUUUUCGGCUUCUUUGAAAUCAGUAAACAGUUCAACAGAAUCAAAAAAAUCUAAAGUUUCAAAAAAGAAAAAAAACAGUAUUAAUCCUUUGUUAGAAUUAAAUUAUACUAGAGUUUUUAUAUGGGAAUUAGAAGAUAUUUUUGUUAUUCCUACACUUUCACCUGACAUAUCAUUAAUAGCUAAAAGUUUAAGAACAAUUGUUGAAGAAAUAAUAACAAAUGGUUUUAGAAUUGAAUGUAAUGAUGAUUGUGAACAAAUGAAUAUAGAAGAUACAAAUUAUGAAGAAACAAUUCAAGAUCUCGGUUAUCAAUCAAAUGAUUCUAGUAAUCCAUCAGUAACACCAAUAAGUUCAUUAUCCUCAAAAAAUGGUGUUGAUUGGGUAAGAAAACUUUCAUCACGUUAUCAACAAAUAAAAGAAGUUUAUAAUCAAUAUAAAAAUAAUGUUUCAUCAUUAUUUGAAAAUUCUGGAAUGUCAAUAACAUGUAAUGAUGUAUCAAAAACUUUAGCAUCUAUUGAAGCAUUAACAAAUAAUUGGAUUGAAAGUUUUAGAACAUGUUUAUGUAAGAUAGCUGAACAACAAUCAUCAUCAGGAAAUUAUACAAAUGUCAUCAUAACAAAUGAUAAUCUUUCUAGUAGUUUAGCAAAAAUGCUUGUUAUUAAUAUAGCAUCAUAUAUUCCAAUAGAAAAUGUUUACAGUAUUGGUAAAAAUUCUAGAGAAUCAGCAUUAGAUAGAAUACAAAAUAAAUUUGGUAAAAAAUGUUCAUAUGUCAUGAUAAGUGCUAAUGGUGCAAGUAUAGAAGUAUCAAAAAAAGAAAAUAUUCCAUGUUGGAAGAUAAAAAAUAAAACUGAUAUUGAUGCUUUUUUUAUGGCUUUAAUUCAAUAUUUACUUUAA